CGACUCGGUUGCAGAUGCAGGUCGCUGAGAGUGAGAGCGAGGCGGGGGGUAAUGGCGACUUGUGAGGAACAUUCAGUGGUAGUGGCAGUAGUUGAAUCAGCGGGAGAAGAAGAAGGAGAAGACAAGGGAGAGAGACAACUUGCAGACGGACAGUAGGAGAAGCAGGAGGUAUGGAGGACUCGGAGCCCGCAGAGGACGGUUUGCUCGCGGGUUUACGCUGGAACAGGACCGCGAGGGACCAGGCUCAACUCAAACAUAAAAUACGGGAUUUGCCGGGGUUACUCAAGCACGGACUGCAUCUGCGGAAAAAAAGCCAAUCACCUGACACCAUACCAGGGCCAAGCAGCGGACCAACUGUGCACAAGUCCUGCUCCCAAAGUUUCCCCUGCGCUGGACGAGCUGUGCGGAACGCCUUCCUCUCUCACGGACCAUACCCGGCCAAAGACAAGAUCCACCUGGCCAGAAUCAUACGACGCAGCUAUGUGGGCGUGGAGCUGGUGCAAUGGUUGUGUGAACAGUGUGUGUAUGUGCGCUGCCGGACUACCGCGGCGCGCGUCUGGCAGGUGCUGCUGGAGCUGGGGGUCCUGCUCUCUGUGGACCAUCGUGUGGUGUUUUCAGACUCCAACACGUACUACCAGUUCAGUUUUGAGGAGUGUGAUUCUCCGUCUUGUGAGUUUCGCUCUAAUGAGGCGGAGUGGCCAGAGGCAGUUCGGCUGCUCCUACAACUUGCUCCAUAUGUCCAGUUCCGAUCAGGGGGCGGGACAAACAGCCCGUCAGAGGAAGACUCUGAGGGCAACAGGGACAUCUGCGGAGAGAUUCUUCAGAUGAAAGCUCUGGAGAGGCUUACCUCUACAGUACAAAGUGAACUGGCUGCAGCUCUGGCUCGAAAGACUCGUAAAGCAUUAUCAGAGCAGGACUCUGAGACGACUGAGACGAGCCACCAGGAGGCACGGACACCCAGUGAAGAGAGCAGCCCUCUGGGGGGCGUGUGCACAUUACGAGAUGGUGGUGGUGGCGGCAGUGGCAUGGGGUCGAUGUGUGGGCGCGAGGAGCUGACGAGUCGCCUUGGACUGGAGGCCGUUCAACGCUUAGCCAAAGAUGGAUGUAGACUGCUGCAGAAUCACAACUACAAACUGCCAGAGCGAAACCCAACAGACAAUGUGGGUCGGGUGUGUCUGAAGGAGAGGGGUCGUGACGUGUUGGUUUUGCGGCGCGUGACGUCAUCGGUGACAUCACCUUCGGACCGGCCCUCGCCCACCUCCACAGGCAGUGGAUCACGAGAAGACGACAGCAACAAGAGGUACGUGGUGGUGUCAGGAACGCCACUCAAAAUCCUGGAGCAUCUUCUCAGCGACCUCCGGCUGGACGACCAGAGAGGAGCACCGGAAAAUAGAGAGAGCGAGAUGCUGCUGGAUGACUUCCUGUUGACGUACCUUGUAUUCAUGUCCACCCCAGACCUCUGCCAAGCACUGCUAGGACACUACAGCAGCGCCCGCUGCAGGGGACAGGAGGAGGGUAAGGAUGCCCUCUUCAGGAAGCGCAAAGUGCUACAGCUGGUCUCACACUGGAGCAGGCUUUAUAAGGACUUUCUCAAAGAGGAAGAGCAUGUCCGAAGCUUCUUGAAGACACUGUACAGAUGUGUUUUAGAAGACUUGUAUGAGUUUCCCACCCUGGAGAAAGACCUGAAAGAGUUCCAGAAGCUUCUCCGCCGAAGACACACGGUAGAUGAUUGUCCUCCAAACCAAAAGAGUAAACAAAUGUACCAACAACUGAGUUUAAAAGAAAACAGUUUGCAUCACCGAAGUCCUCCGAUCGAAAACAGAGAGGUGAUUUGCUGUGUGUAUGUGAGCCCUGACUCGUAUUUAAGCGUUCAAACACACCCUUUGCUUGAGGCUCACGAGCUGUUGAGGAUUGUCUCCUUGAAGCUGGACCGUGCAGAUGAGGAGAUGGUGCUGGCGGUAGUGUCGCACAGUGGAGAGCGAAGAGUGUUACAGCCCAGUGACUGCGUCUACUCAGAGUCCUUAACCCCACAGGGGAAACUGGUGGCCUGCCGCAGGAGUCUCACUGAAAUCCUGCCUCCAUUGACAGACUGCACUGAGCUCAGCAGGAGACCCGUGCGUCUCUUGGGCAUCAACACAUGGGAUGUGGCAACUGCACUAACCCACCUAGACUGGACCCUCUUUAAGUCUAUCCACGAGCAGGAGCUGGUGUACUACACGCUUCGGCGCAGUCCUGGUUCUGGCCACACGGCGUCGCUGUCUGUCUUGCUGCAGCGCUGUAAUGAAGUUCAGCAGUGGGUCAUGUCUGAAGUCUUGAUGUGUGUGUCACUCAAUAAGAGAGUCCAGCUGCUCAAGAAGUUUAUCAAGAUCGCUGCUCACUGUAAAGCCCAAAGAAACCUAAACUCUGCAUUUGCCAUCAUCAUGGGACUGAACACAGCAGCAGUUAGUCGACUCAACCAAACAUGGGAGAAAUGUCCUGGGAAGUUUAAGAAGCUUUUCUCUGAGUUGGAGCUUAUUACGGAUCCAUCCCUCAAUCAUAAAGCCUAUAGAGAUUCCUUCAAGAGGAUGAAACCUCCGAAGAUCCCCUUCAUGCCACUUCUUUUAAAAGACAUCACCUUUAUCCACGAGGGAAAUAAAACCUUUCAUGACAACCUGGUCAACUUUGAGAAACUGCAUAUGAUUGCAGACACCGUGAGAAUGAUACGGCACUGUCAAAGUGACCAGCCAGGUAACGAGGUCAUCGGCAUGGACAGCCCAGAGGUGAGGGCCAGCGUUCAGUAUCUACACAUCAUUGACAAUCAACAGACGCUAUUCGAGCUCUCGCAUAAACUGGAGCCUCGUGCCUGAUCGUCCUUAUAAAAAGCAAGGGCGCACAUAUUAUUAGAAGCUUCAUGUGACAAUACAGAGCGUCCCACUACCAGCAGAGUUGCCAAGCAGACAAUGGGAAGACUGCUGUUGCAUUUGAAGGCUUAAUAGCACUAGAAGAAAAUGGACUGAAAAAUAUAAAUAUGCCAUUUCAAUUGUCAAGAAAAAGAAAUUCUGCACAGCCACAGAUUUGCCAAAAAGAAGAAAAAAACUGAAUGCGUGUAAUUAGUUUGUACAGUAUCUUUUUGACUGAAUAUGCCAUUGUUUUGUGCAUUUGUGACUAUUUAUUUAGUCUGUUCUGCAGCUGAAUACUUUUUAUUUCUUUUAGUGUUUUAGUGUCACUGUUCAGAGGCCCAGCCACUUUUCAGUUGUAAAUGCUUAACUCCUGCCAGUCGGGAUUUUGAUGUUUGUGUUAGUUGAGAUCACCAUAACAUCUGCAGUGCACCAUAUCUACUCAUCUUAGUGUCAGUUUAUUCCACAAACAAUCCUUUUUACCACUGUUUGUAAUAUUAGUUUACAAAUAUACAUGGUUAAAACACAUGCUGAUAAUCUAAUCAAAAUAACAAUUACACUAUUUGUUACUAUAGACAUGCUUGUUAUUAAAGAGGUAAAAAAAACAACACUGAGUUUUAGUGAUCAUGAUCUGUUUUUUUUUAUUUCUUUAUAUUAUUUCAUUGCAGUGAUUCAAGCUCUUGCACGGUAAUUUACAGUUUUGGGCUAUAGGUCAAUAUGAACCUGAAUAAUGUAAAUUUAGUUUGGCUUCUGUUCACUGACCUGCCCACCCGUAUUGUGCCAAACGUUCUGCUGCUUGAACAUGUGGCUACUGUGUUUCGUUUUUUUUUGUUUUUUUUUACCACAACUACAGUCUGUCUCAAGACAAUAUGAUGACUGAAUGUGCAAUACAGGGAUAUGUUUUAUGAUCAUUACUAUUUUCGUAGACUGUUCACAAAGUAGAGCAAUUUUCUUUGUAAAUUAUGUCAACGAUUGAGGUAUUGGUUGGUGCCAAAAAGGCUGAGUUUUACAGUAUUAUGAGCAAGAUUUCAUUCAUGGGCUCAAUACAGCAGCUCCUGUUUACUUUUUGCAGGGCAAUUACUUUAUUAGGUUAUCCUAUUGCAUUACAAAACUAUGUAACAAGGCAAAUACACUCAAGUAACAUAAAAUACAUGACAAUACAUUUGCAUAUGCAUAUGUUUUAUUUAUUGUAAUGUUUAUUUAAGUGGCAAGAUGUCUAGGUUUCUAUGCCAUGUUUGAAGCCAAGUCUGUGGGUGCUCACUUUUUUUUUUAUCACGCAGGAGUGAACCAGACAAAUGGUGCAUCUUGGAGAAGCCAUUGUCAUGUGUAUUUACUUUUUUUUUUUAAUGCAAUGUUGUUUUAAAGCUGUUCGCAUGAUAGAAAACACAGUGUCUACUGAGUGAGAGGACACAAUGAAGGCUUUGUACUACUGUAAUCAUGUGUAAAUAAAACCCUCAGUUAUGUUAUUUAUCUGUUGUACAUGAAAAAUGUUGACAAAGCAAUAUGUUCCCCUUGUGUCCCUCCACCUGGUUUUCUAAAUGCAGCAUUUUACUAUGUCAAGAUUUUACUGAAAAUGAAUAAAUUAUAGGUUUUAUGUGACAAUGCCA